CUACUCCUUCCCACGUUCUGUCUGUAACAUAUAAAACCAGCUCCAUUGACUCCCCAUUCACACUUCCCUUGCCUUUUUCCCUCUCUUUCCACCACCACCACUAUAACCGUCGCCGGCGUCUCAACUUCCGUUCCGGCGUUACUGUACCUCACCGGAAACGACAUAUUCUCCAGUUUGCCGCCAAUGGCGCUGCAGAGACAACCUAGUGAUCUCAAAAAUAGAGUCAAUACUUGCCUCAAUAGAUUAUCCGACCGUGAUACUCUCACUGUUGCGACGAAUGAGCUUGAGUUAAUAGCUAGAAAUCUUAACAGCGAAGGUUUUGGUGCAUUUUUAACUUGUAUUUCGAGUACGGACUCUUCCGAUAAAUCUCCGGUGCGCCGGCAAUGUGUUCGGCUUAUCGGCGUACUCUCGGCUUCUCACGGCGACGCGCUUUCACCGCAUCUCGCGAAAAUGCUUUCCUCCGUCCUCCGGCGACUUCGUGACCCUGACUCUGCAGUUCGCUCGGCCUGUGUAGAAGCUGUUUCGUCAAUUGCGUCGGAAAUUACUCAACCGCCGUUUUCGUCUAUUUUGAAGCCGUUAAUAGACGCUAUUAUGCACGAACAGGAUAUUAACUCGCAGAUCGGAGCUUCAUUGUGUCUCGCAGCGGCGAUUGAAGCGUCGCCUGAUCCUGAGCCGGCGGAGCUGAAGAAACUGCUGCCGAAGUUGUUGAAAUUGGUUAAGAAUGAUAGCUUUAAAGCGAAACCGGCGUUGUUGUCGCUCAUUGCUAGUGUUGCGAGUGUUGGUGGUGCUUCGAGUAAAAAUGUGUUGAAUAGCUUAGUUCCUAUUACGGUUGAGUUUUUAAGUAGUGAUGAUUGGAAUGUGCGGAAAGCCGCUGCGGAGACAUUAGGAAGACUAGCGGUGGCUGAAAGAGAGCUGUUGUCAGAGUUGAAGGCCUUCUGCAUCACGUCAUUGGAUAAAAAAAGAUUCGAUAAGGUGAAGGUUGUGAGAGAGACGAUGAAUCGGGCGUUAGAAUGGUGGAAGGAAGUUCCAGGUACUUCAUCAGAUGAUGUUUUGCCUCAAUCACUAUCCAAGUUUCCCCCGAAAGAUUGUGGUAGUGGUGCCUGUUCUCCAACUCCUUCCAAAAGUUCGAGUGAUACGGCCAGAGAGACCCCUAAUCCGAAGAAAGCAACCCGCCUAAGCAAGUCACCUGCAUCCAGUAGUUCUUCCUCUAUCACCUCCCAGAAGAACAAUUCUAUUAGGUUCCGCCGCACAAAAUCAAAUGUCAUAAGCUCCUGUAAGAUGGAUUUAAGAAAAUCCCCUGAUGCAAAAUUGAAACGGACUGUUUCACUGGCUUCUUCAUUGGAGGUGGAUAAUGAAGAUGAACAGAAGAAUCAAAAUCCUAGAGUUCAAGAUUCAGCAGAUACAGUUAGUUGUAGCAGUUCAAACUCAGAAGUAAAGUCAACUCUAUUUAACAAACCACCUGAUGAAAAGUUCCAUAGGUAUGGUAAUUCACGGUCAAGUUCUCGGGUUGUUCCACUGUUUGAGGAUUACACUUAUAAUAUGGAUGUACCUGAUGGAAACAUCAAUGAAGAUGCACCCUUGAGUCAUAAAGAGUAUGAGAAUUUCUGUUCUAUCAGCAAACAGCUUGUUCAGAUUGAAAAUCAACAAUCCAGUUUGUUGAACCUCCUCCAGGGAUUUAUCGGCAGCUCACAAAAUGGAAUGAGUUCCUUAGAGAAACGUGUAAAUGGUUUGGAGAGAUUACUUGAUGAAAUGCAGCAUGAUUUGGGAGUAACAACAGGGAGGAUUUUAAAUACCGAUUUUACAGGAAGUACAUGUUUCAUGCUCCCUCGUGCAGAAUUUUUGAGUCCUAAAUUUUGGAGAAGUUCAGAAGGGCAAAACUCAAAUUCAAUGAUAUCUUUCUCCACUGGAAGCCAGACUACCACCAUGUAUAGUCAGCCAGAAACAGAUGCUACCACCAAGAUGUUGAACCAGGAAAAUUUGAUGGGCCAAAAGCAGAAUAAGAAUUUAUCUUCAAUUAACUAUAUGGGUGUCAUUCAAAACGAACGUAACUUAUCAUUACAUUCUUCCUCCGGUAGAAGAAAAGAGAGAAUAGCUCGAGAUGGUGAAACUGCAGGUUUUUGUCAUGCUGGUAGGCUUGACAGGACUUCAUUUGCAAAUUGCAUACAGCAGCAAACUUGAGCACUAGCAGGUCGUGCAGACAUAAAAAGUUUGAGUCUCAAUGCUGAACUAUUUGGGCAGAGAAUCUUUAUCCCACCUGAAUCCGGGUGAAUGGGGCUAGAAGGAACCAUUUACUUGGAAGAAUCAAAGCUAAUUGCUGUGAAGAAGCCCAACGGAUCAGAAACCAAUACAAAUAUUCAAUAUUUCUUACCUGGUCAUUUGAGAUAUAUUUAAGGGCUAGUGAGUUCCAUUGUCAGCAAGAAAAGGGGGGAUAUCUGUACAGAAGCUCUGAAUGUUAAGCUUAUCAAGUUUAAUCAAUGCUGUUUAUUCUGAUUUA